AUGUCCCUCUUCCCUCUUCAAUCCUCUUCCCUCCAACCCCAGACCCCUGGAGCCCCCAAACGCAAGCAACCCAAAAACCUCAAACCCCAGCAAACCCCCAUUAAAACCCCAACCAGAACCUUCAAAUGGAGCUCCCUCCUCCCCUCCAACCCCCUUCAAACCCUCCUCUCCGGCGAACACCCCGACCCCCGCGCACUCCCCCUCAUCCUCUCCUCAACCUCACCCCUCUCCUCCCCUCCCUUCCGCUCACAAAUCCACUCCCUCGCUCUCAAGCUCAACCUCCUCUCAAACCCCCACCUCCUCUCCUCCCUCGCCCUCUCCUACGGCCCCACCAAGGGCCCCACCCUCCUCUCCCAGUCCCCCGACCCCCGCAACCCCCUCCCGUGGACUCUCCUUCUUUCCAAAUCCAAUCCCCGCUCCGCCCUCAAGCUGUUCGACAAAAUGCUCCAGCUAAACAUCGAACUCGACUCCGUAGCUUACAUUGUCUUAAUGAAGGCUUGCGGGCAAUUGGGUUCGCUCCGUGAAGCUAAACGGGUCCACAAGGUUGUUAGGCUUAGUGGGUUAUCGGAUGUUGUUGUGCAUAACGCAAUGGUUAAGAUGUUCUUGGAGUGCGGGGGUGUUGAGGAGGCGACAAGGGUUUUUGAGGGGAUGAGGGUGAAAGAUUUGGUUACAUGGACGACGAUGAUUGUUGGGUUUGUGAGGAGCGGGGAGUUUAACGAAGGGCUGAAGCUUUUGAGAGAAAUGUGUCGAAAAGAGGGAAGAAUUGAUGGGUUUUUGGUAACAGGUGUGUUACCCGCUUGUGCUAGGGUUUCUGCACAUAAAAAUGGGAAGGAAAUUCAUGCAAAGAUCGUGAGACUUUGUUUGGGGAUGAAUAAUAAAGCACCGGCUGUAGAAAAUGCAUUGAUGGAUAUGUAUGUGAAAUCAGGGAAUAUUGAAUAUGGGAAGAAAAUCUUCAAGCGGAUGGAUUUUAAGGAUGCGAUUUCUUGGACUGUGAUGAUAUUUGGGUGUAGCUUACACGGAGAAGGAGAGGUUGGAGUCGAGUUGUUCAAAGAAAUGAAGAGGAAAGGUGAGGUUUUCGUGGAUAGGACUGCAUUUGCAGCAGCUCUUCAUGCUGCAAAUAGUGCUUGUUUGGUUGAAGAGGGCAAAAGUUUGUUCACUUUUUUAAGCAAACCUCAGGUUGAACAUUAUGCUUUGAUGGCCGGCCUUCUAUCUCGUGGAGGAUACUUCAUCGAAGCACGUGCAUUUAUUGAAGAGCACAAACUCACAAAUUGUUCACCUGUGCUUAAAGCAGUGGUUGAUGGGUGUAGAAUCCAUAGAAACAUCAGGAUGGGCAAGAGAAUUAUUGAGCAAUUAACUGAAUUAGAACCUUUAAAUGCCGAUAACUAUGUUAUGCUAUCCAACUUACAUGCAAAUGAAAAGCUGGAAAUGGCAAAGGAAAUAAAGGAAACAAUUCAAGACAUGGGUUUAAAGACAAAGAAAGCCUACAGCUGGAUUGAGAUUAGGAGCAAGGUUCAUGCAUUUGGUACCGGAGAUGUGUCUCACCCUAGAUCAGAGGCAAUAUAUUGGGAAUUAGAAAGAUUGAUGAAGACAAUGAGAGAAGAAGAGGGGUAUGUUGCUAGAGAAGACUAUAGUUUUCACGACGUUGAUGAGGAGAGGGAGUGUAUUGCUUGUGGACAUAGCGAGAUGUUGGCGAUUGGUUUAGGAUUGAUCUCGCAGAGGAGUGGAGUUUUGAGAGUGACGAAGAAUCUUCGGGUUUGUAGGAAUUGCCAUGAUUCAGCAAAGUUGAUCUCUAGAAUUGUUGGCAGGAAGAUUAUCUUGAAGGAUCCUGAGAGAUUUCACCAUUUCAAGGGUGGUGUUUGUUCUUGCAGAGAUAUAUGGUAA